AUGCUUUUACCGAAAGGUUGUGAAAGUACCACAGAAGAUGUUAAGGAAUUUAUCAUGCAACAUGCAUUAAUUGAUAAUAAUGAGGUGCAAUUUGGAAUCACUAAAGUAUUUAUGCGUGAUGCUGAGAAAUUAAUUCUUGAUGAUCAUCUUCAUCGAGUAAUUAUGAAGCAUAUUGAAACAUUACAAGGAUGCAUUCAAUCAUUGAUAAUAAGGCGUAAAUAUAUCAAAUUACGUAAUACAGUUAUUGCAAUACAG